GUUUUCCUGGCGGCCGUCAAGGGUCCCUGGCUAGCCGUGGUGGUCGGCACGAACGUCUUUCUGCCCAGCUUCACCGCAGCCUUCGGGAAGUAUUUGGUAUCUUACCGACUCCGACCAAAUGAGGAUACUCUGCUGGAAUUCCUACCUCCGCUGGGUCUUCAGCAAAACGUCACGGUGGUGGUGAUCGUGUCAUCCAUCAUCUUUUGCUUCGUGAUCGGCCCUGGAAGCUGGAUCUACGCGGUGAAGCGAAGAAGAGAUCACUGGGAGGACCCACCUCAUGUUCGUUACUUGCUCAGCGAGUAUAGGAAUGGAUGCUCCGCUUGGGAGGUCGAGCGCUUGGUGCGGAAGAUGCUGCUGUCCCUGAUCACUGCCAUGGUGCCCGUGUCGUACAGCCCGGAUGCUUUGAUUUUCUUGUGUCUCCUCGUUGCCAUGACAGAUUUCGGGCUUGACCCUGGUGGCUCUGGAAAUACGAUGUGGUUGGAGCUAGUGGUGUGA